AUGACAACCCCUGACCCGAUUCAAGAGCACUGCUACUCAAGAGUGACAGCAAUAAUCUUUACAACAAAAUUUACUUCGACUGAGAUCAUAUGGAUGUGGUUCAUAUCCACCAGUGUUUGUCUAGUGCCCAAGCUCUGUCGAAGUCCUGGUGACGUAGCUAUUCCGGUGACGCGCAAUUUUA